AGCCCUCGCCCUGCGGGCUGCGGGGAUCUGCGGGGCGCCGCCGCACUCCGGGCCCGUGAGCGGGAGUCUGGGACUAAGGAUCUCUCCAUAGAGCAACUCAGAGCCACAGCAGAGGGGACGCAGGAGGAGAGAGCCAGACCAGACGCCGGCAGCAGCCCCGCGGCUGCCCCGACGCAGACGGCCAGACCCAGGGCGGCCCCUCCUGGCCGCGCUGCUCCUCCCGAAGGAUGCUUCAGGGGUGAGGCGAGGUCGGAGCCGUGAGCCCUCCCUUGGGCGCGCCCCUCGGUUCCUCGGAGUCUUCCUGGAGCUUGCAAGGGUCCAACUUGCCCUUCUACUCGGCCGUCACUGACGUGGGGUCCAGCGAGGUCCUUCUGGUCCUGGGGAGAGGGCAGUAGAAGGACUUCCUGGAAGAGGUGACAGCCCCAUAGCUUGGGACUGUACCAGAAGCCAGCCACCGCCGCCCCGCAGCCAGGACACCAUGCAGCUUCCAGGUGUGAUGUCAGCUCGACUCCUCAAAGGCCAGUUGCUGUUGCUGCCCAUACUCUUGCUGCUGGGACCGCAGACCUCCCAGGGCCUGGUCAUCACGCCCCCAGGCCCAGAGCUUGUCAUCAAUGCCUCCAGCACCUUUGUUCUAGUCUGCUCGGGUUCAGCUCCAGUGGUGUGGGAAAGGAUGGCCAAAGUGCCCCAGCAGCAACUCUCCAAGAUGCAGAACGGUACCUUCUCUAGCACACUGACACUGACCAACGUCACGGGGCUAGACACAGGAGAAUACUUUUGUACCUACAAUAGCUCCUUUGGGCUGGAGUCUGGUGAUCGAAAACGGCUCUACAUUUUUGUACCAGAUCCCGCCAUGGUCUUCCUUCCUCAGAACUCCGAUGACCUAUUCAUCUUUCUCAUGGAAGUCGCUGAGACUACAAUUCCCUGCCGAGUGACAGACCCUCAGCUGGAGGUGACACUGCAUGAGAAGAAAGUGGACACCCCCUUGCCUAUCCCUUAUGACCAUCAGCGAGGCUUCUCUGGUAUCUUUGAAGACAAGACUUACAUCUGUAAAGCCACUGUAGAGGACAGGGAAGUAGAGUCCGAUGCCUACUACAUCUACAGCCUACAGGUGUCAUCCAUCAAUGUCUCCGUGAGUGCCGUGCAGACUGUGGUGCGCCAGGGCGAGAACAUCACCAUCUUGUGCAUUGUGACUGGGACCGAGGUGGUCAACUUCGAAUGGACAUACCCUCGCUUGGAGAGUGGACGGAAGAUAGAGCCAGUGACAGACUUCCUCCUUGACAUGCCCUCCCACAUUCGCUCCAUCCUGCACGUCCUCAGUGCUGAACUGGGGGACUCCGGGGUCUACAGCUGCAAUGUGUCAGACACUGUGACUGAGCAUGGAGACGAGAAGGCCGUCAAUAUCACUGUGCUCGAGGUCGGCUACGUGCGGCUGCAGGAGGUGAACCCAGUAGAAGUUGCUGAGCUGCACCAGAGCCGAACGCUGCAAGUGAUGUUCGAAGCCUAUCCGCCACCUUCUGUCUUGUGGUUUAAGGACAACCGCACCCUAGGCGACUCUAGCGCCGGCGAGAUCAUCCUGUCCACUCGCAAUGUGUCGGAGACCUGGUAUGUGUCCGAACUGACACUUGUGAGGGUGAAGGUGGCAGAGGCUGGCUAUUACACCAUGCUGGUCUUCCAUGAAGAUGCUGAAGCCCAGCUCUCCUUCAGGCUGCAGGUCAAUGUCCCCGUCCGUAUGCUGGAGCUGAGCGAGAGCCACCCUGCCAAUGGGGAGCAAAGAGUUCGCUGCCGUGGCCGUGGUAUGCCCCAGCCAAAUGUCACCUGGUCCAUCUGCAGAGACUUUAAAAGGUGCCCACGUGAGCUGCCACCCACUCCUCUGGGGAACAGUUCUGAGGGGGAGAGCCAGCUGGAGACUAAUGUGACUUACUUGGUGGAGGAACAGGAAUAUGAGGUAGUGAGCACACUGCGCCUGCGCCAUGUGGAUCAGCCCCUGUCUGUGCGCUGCACACUGCAAAAUCUGCUGGGCCAGGACAUGCAGGAGGUCACUGUGGUGCCGCACUCCCUGCCCUUCAAGGUGGUGGUGAUCUCUGCCAUCCUGGCGCUGGUGGUUCUGACAGUCAUCUCCCUCAUCAUCCUUAUCAUGCUAUGGCAGAAGAAGCCACGCUACGAGAUCCGGUGGAAGGUGAUUGAAUCUGUAAGCUCUGAUGGCCAUGAAUACAUCUAUGUGGAUCCCAUGCAGCUGCCCUACGAUUCCACGUGGGAACUUCCGAGGGACCAGCUUGUGCUUGGACGAACCCUUGGCUCCGGAGCCUUUGGGCAGGUAGUGGAGGCCACAGCUCAUGGCCUGAGCCACUCACAGGCUACCAUGAAAGUAGCUGUCAAGAUGCUGAAAUCCACCGCCCGCAGCAGCGAGAAGCAAGCUCUCAUGUCAGAGCUGAAGAUCAUGAGUCACCUCGGGCCCCACCUGAAUGUGGUCAACCUGCUGGGGGCCUGCACCAAAGGAGGGCCCAUCUACAUCAUCACCGAAUACUGCCGCUACGGUGACCUUGUGGACUAUCUGCACCGCAACAAGUACACCUUCCUGCAGCACCAUGCCGACAAGCGCCACCCGCCCAGCGCUGAACUCUACAGCAGUGCACUGCCGACAGCGCUCUCCCUGCCCAGCCCCGUGUCCCUGAGUGGGGAGAGUGAUGGAGGCUACAUGGAUAUGAGCAAGGAUGAGUCAGUGGACUAUGUCCCCAUGCUGGCCAUGAAAGGAGACAUCAAAUAUGCAGACAUCGAGUCCUCUGACUACAUGACUUCUUACGAUAACUACAUCCCCUCGGCCCCUGAGAGAACGACGCUGAUCAACGAGUCCCCAGUGCUAAGCUACACAGACCUGGUGGGCUUCAGCUACCAGGUGGCCAAUGGCAUGGAGUUCCUGGCCUCCAAGAAUUGUGUCCACCGAGACCUUGCAGCCAGGAACGUGCUCAUCUGCGAGGGAAAACUGGUCAAGAUCUGCGACUUUGGCCUGGCUCGAGACAUCAUGCGGGACUCAAACUACAUCUCCAAAGGCAGCACCUUCCUGCCUCUCAAGUGGAUGGCGCCGGAGAGCAUCUUCAACAGCCUCUACACCACCCUGAGUGACGUGUGGUCGUUCGGGAUCCUGCUGUGGGAGAUCUUCACACUGGGUGGCACCCCUUACCCCGAGCUGCCCAUGAACGAGCAAUUCUACAAUGCCAUCAAGCGAGGCUACCGCAUGGCUCAGCCUGCACAUGCCUCUGACGAGAUCUACGAGAUCAUGCAGAAGUGUUGGGAAGAGAAGUUUGAGAUCCGGCCCCCCUUCUCCCAGCUGGUGUUGCUUCUCGAGAGACUUCUGGGAGAGGGUUACAAAAAGAAGUACCAGCAGGUGGAUGAGGAGUUUCUGCGGAGCGACCAUCCAGCCAUUCUCCGGUCCCAAGCCCGCUUUCCUGGCUUCCAUGGCCUCCGAUCUCCCCUGGACACCAGUUCUGUGCUCUACACUGCUGUGCAGCCCAAUGAGGGUGACAAUGACUACAUCAUCCCUCUACCUGACCCCAAGCCGGAAGCUGCCGACGAGGGCCCGAUGGAGGGCUCCCCCAGCCUUGCCAGCUCCACCCUGAACGAAGCCAACACUUCCUCCACCAUUUCCUGUGACAGCCCCCUGGACCUCCAGGAAGAACCAGAGCCAGAGCCCCAGGCAAUGGAGCCCCAGCCAGAACUACCACAGCCGCCGGACUCAGGCUGCCCGGAGCUGCGGGCUGAAGUGGAGGACAGCUUUCUGUAGGGCCGGCCCCUCCCUCCCCGCCUGCCUUCCAGCACCCAGCCCUGCUGGCUGGCCUAGCUGCCCAUCAGCCGUGCUGCUGCCAACAGUCCCUGCUGUGCAGCACCCCCCUCCCCCCUGCCCUGGGGCUGGUGUAGAGGCAAGAGAACUGCAAGAAGCCAUGUCCAGACUGUGCCUCAGGGAGCCUAGGUGACCCCACUGUGGUGCUCCCAGGGGACUCGGCUCCCCAAACAUAAGAUGAGAAAUUGGACUUGGUGAUCCACAGCCUGGGAUUCCCCCUGGCUGACAGGUGUGGAAGCUUUGCCCUGGCCCCCUUCCCAAACACACUUUGAGAGAGAGCUAGGACAGGACCCUAGCAACCCUGGCUCCUGGCUGAGCUGCGCCAGCCUUGGGAAGUGCCACUUCAUCUGGAAGCCACCUCCUACUGGUGCCAGUCUCUGCUCUCCCAGGCCCGAGCUGGUCUGGGGCCAGCCAUGCUUAAUUAGCAGUUAAUUAGUGCUGAGGGGGAAGUUGAGCACUGAACAUUCCGGCCUGUAGCGCCUUCCCACGGUAUGUUUGGGACACAUGUGGGUGCCAGAAGUGAUGAGAUCUUUCAGAGCCGUCUGACCCGGGCCUUUUCCUCCUCAUCCUCAGCCACUGCCCACCCAAGUCUGUGGGCCCAGGUGGGCCCGCAGCUGUGAUGUUGAGGUGGACAGGACAGUGUGGCGUGUGCACCAACAGGUGGCCUCGACUCUGCACUGGACCUGCUGUGAGACCUCGGAGGAGCCCCACCUUCUCCGGGCCUCAGUGUUCCCCUGUGAAAAAUAAGCAAGUUGGAUCCAUUAACUCUGCAUGCCCUGCCAUCACUAAUAUUCUAGAAUAUUCCAGAGGGUUGCACACUUGUCCAGAUGAAGCAAGGCCCGAGUCCCUUAAGCCACUUUCUAGGGCUCAGCUAAGUUGUAGGGAGACUCCAGACACAUAUCACGCUUUGGGGAUUCAGGAACUAUGCUCCUACCCCAAGCCCCCAGUGCAGCUGCUUGGACCUGACUUGGCGUGACAGUCAAUGUCCUGGAAAGCCCCAGCAGCUGCCUAGGCCAUGGGAGAACCACAAGACCACUUCUAGCACCAUGAUGGACUCAGCAGCUCUCCAGGGCAGGGGCAAAGGUCACCUUACAUAGCAUGCCAUGCCAGCACCUGCCACCAAGGUAUGUCCCUCAUGGACACUGCACAGUGAGGACAACUAUGUCCUAUAAAGGAUGAGAGGCUCAGGAUGGGCACCCCAGAAUAGGGGUAUGAUAGGCAAGCGCUUCAGGGUUGCCAGCGUAACUGUGGUUUGCUCGUCCUGAGACAGCCCCCGCAUGAGUUUGGUUUUGUCAUUUCCCAGGUCUGACAGUGACACACGAUAUCUUUAAAGCAGUGAGUGUUGGGGUUUGGAGCGCGGUGGAGGGCUUCAGCUGAGACCACCGGGAGGGGAGGGCAGGAAAGAGGAAGGAAGAAAAACAACCUUCUGAGUACCCCACCCCACACUGGCUGGUGUCUUCCCUCCCAGGGUCCUAGAGCCUGGUUGGGGAGAUGUGGGUUCUCACUACGGUACCAAAGAUAUAAUCACUAGGUUUACGAGUAUUUUUAGAACUCACAUUAACUCACAUUUAUAUAUCAGAAGUACUAUUUUGUAUGCUAAGUUUUCCUAUCUGUGUAUUUACUUUUUGUUAAGGGAAAGAUUUUAGUAUUAAACUUGGUGCUUCUCCCUUGUA